AUGGACAACGAAUCCGUCGAUACGGAUGUUCUACAGCUGGAGGGGUUAAAGGUCAGCCCAGAGGUCUCCGUUCCUGCCUUCGUCCUCCUCCUCCUCAUCUACAUCUUCAUCAUGGUGUCCAACAUCGGCCUGGUGGUCCUGAUCACCAUGGAGAGGAGCCUCCACCAGCCCAUGUACCUGCUCUUCUGCAACAUGAGUGUUAACGAUGCGUUCGGGGCGACGACCAUCAUCCCUCGUGUCCUGGGGUAUCUUUUCACUCCAAUGACUCAGCGCUACAUUCACUACUAUGAGUGUGUCAUGCAGGUGUCCCACACGGUGCUCAUGAUCAUGGCCUUCGACCGCUACGUGGCCAUCUGCAACCCCCUGCGAUACGCCACCAUCAUGACCAGCAGGAUGGUGGCGGCGUUGUCGGUGGCGGCGUGGACGGUGUCUUUCUUUUUGAUCGUGAUCCUCGUGGGCCUCAGCGUCCGCCUGUCUCGCUGCAGAAGGACUAUUCUCAACCCGUUCUGUGACAACGCCUCCUUGUUCAAGCUGUCAUGUGAGAACGUCCUCAUCAACCACAUCUACGGCCUCGGCAGCGGCAUGCUCAUGAUUGCCGCGUCGCUGUGCAGCGUGAUGCUCACCUACCUGAAGAUCGCCGUCGUGUGUCUGAGCAGCAGGAACAAGUCUCUGAACAGCAAAGCGCUGCAGACCUGCGCCACCCACCUGGCCGUGUAUGCCAUCCUGCUCUUGUCGGACAUCAUCAUCAUCCUCCAUCGGUUCCCUCACUUGUCGGACCACAGGAAGCUGGCCUCCAUCUUGUUCCACAUGGUUCCUCCUUCCAUGAACGCCGUUAUCUACGGACUGCAGAUGAAAGCUGUCAGAGAACAAAUGAUCGUCAUAUUUACUAGAAAAAAAUGA